AUGAGUACCGCCAUCGCAAUGGCUCCGUCGCCAGCACCUCAUGACCGCUCGUCGUAUGUAGAUAUCGCGCCCUCAGCGCCCUCGCACUCGCCCCCAGCGCAGCGAACGUCUGCAUCGGCAACACCGAAUAAUCAGUCAGCACAGCGGAGCGGUAGUGGAAGCCCGAAGUCUACGCCCACAUCCAAAAGCUCCCCGAAUGCUUCUCGGAAUGGCGUCCCGCCAAAGAUAAUCGUGAAAAAGGAACCUCCAUCCUCGCCAGAUCUUCCAACGUCCCGUCAUAGGCCACGAAAGCUCGAUCUCUCCAAGAACACAUCCGGUGUGAACCCAGGCACAUCGAGACCGUCCGCUGGUCAAUUGACGUCGAGAGGAGGGGAAAGUGGCGGACUCGGCAUUCAGGACGUGGGAUUGGCGUGCUUGUCGCCCGGAUUCGUCACACAAGAUCCAACGAUGAGGGAACAACUGCAGCGAAGCAUCUCGGUCCGAGAGCAACAAAGACACAUCAUCGAGGCUAGGUUACAACAAACGGCCAGGCCUGGCGAUGCACCGACGGAGAGCGCAAAGGAGAGAGACUUCGGGGGCUUUGGAGCCAAGACUCCUGGUACAUCAAAGAGAAAGGCGCCUCCAGGCCUGAGCAUCGUCGCACCGUCACACGAGCAGUUCGCGAACGAACGAGUAAUUCAGUCUGCUCCACUCAACCAGAGUUUCACAGGACGGCAUCAACCGCAUCCGUUGACUCGUCACAUUGCUAACCAACCCUCGAAUCUGUCAAACACUUCUCACAUUCAUCACGUUCCAGCGACACAAACCAGCAACCGUCUACCACCUAUCACCGAUGUAUUCGCGGAAAAUGGACUAGGUGCACACCGCGAGGCUUCUGGGAGAGGCCCAUUCACUGCAGGGCUGCCUAUCAAUUCUAACUCCGCCUCUAAUUCCUCUCACUCAAACUCACGGCCAGCUUUUCCGUCUCCCAACCAUAAUCAGACACAACCUCCACAUUCGGCGAGACCACGAGAGUACCGCUCGGCCGAGGAGGCGCAAGUCGAGCUUGCGGGUGGUCGCCCUGAACUGCUACCUAAACUCGUCCAUUAUGGUGGCCACCAACCACCCACACCCCCAUCACCACUUACCGGCAAUGCCAUGAGACAAGCAGAGACGAAUCGAAGUGGUGGUGGCCGCAGACGAGCCCGAGCGGAGUAUGAAGACGGCGGAAGCCCGCCGCUUGGCAAUGGUCCUGCAACUUCACGAAGGGGGCCGUUCGGCGAAGGACGAGACAGCCCAAGCACGCAGCAAAAGAAGAAAGAGGAGUUCAUUCGUCUGUGUGACCGGGCAUGGGACCUUUUCCACUCAUGA